CAAGAAUUAAUUAUAUACCCCGUUCAGAAAAUCCGGAAAUCCGGAGGGGAAAGCAAAAACCAAAAACAAUUAAUAAAACCUAAGAGGAAUGUUUCUAAAAAUAGCCACUGAUAUAUAUCCCACAAUGCAUCUCAUUUCUUUAAAAAGAGGCGCGUCAAGAUGGCGGACACGGCUCUUGAAACAUCUGCUGAGGCAUUGAUGAGCUUAAGGAGCGCAGGGAAGAGUAAGCUCUCCCCGUCACCAGCCCCGUCUCCAGCCCCCUCACCAGCCCCUCACCAAGCAAGGCAUCACCUUCUAGAACAACACCAUCUGUGCCUAGGAGGGGACAUCCCGCAAGAAUCCGGAAGAAAAAUCGGAGGAUAUUCAACGAUGAUGAAGACACGUCCAUGUCUCCCAUUAGGGCGUCGCCUAGCAAAAAACUCAAGAUGUCUCCAUCCAGAACGCCCACCAAGUUGCACAUCUCCACCUCUACCUUGGUCUCUUCCCCCCGUGCGAGUGCUUCCAAGUCCCCCUCCCACAACCCUUCCCCCGUCUCAACGCCGUCCAAACUCCCCACGUCCAGCGGGACAGGAGGAGGCCACGUGUCGUACAAGAAGUCCGCCCAGAAGCUAGGCCAACGACUCAAGAACCUGCUCAAGUUACCCAAGGCAUACAAGUGGUGUAUCUAUGAGUGGUUCUACUCAAACAUCGACAAAUCAUUAUUUGAAGGAGAGAAUGACUUCAAGAUUUGCCUGAGGGAGUCCUUUCCCCAGCUCAAGCAACGCAAGUUGACCAAAGUGGAAUGGUGUAUUGUCCGGAGAUUAAUGGGCAAGCCAAGAAGAUGUUCACCAGCAUUCUUUGAGGAGGAAAGGGCGGCGCUAGAGGAGCGGAGGCAGAAACUAAGGAUGUUACAACACAGAAAAGGUCAAGAGCUUGACCUGGCAGAGGUCAAAGAUCUCCCUGAAGAGAUCCCAAUACCCCUCUGUAUAGGCACAAAGGUCACAGCUCGUCUACGAGCACCUCACGACGGUCUCUUCACCGGUCAGAUAGACGCGCUGGAUCCUGUAGAUGCUACGUAUAGAGUAACAUUUGACCGACCUAACUUUGGCACUCACUCUGUUCCAGACACAGAAGUACUCAGUACGGAAGAACAGGAGACUGUAGCGUUGACAUCCUUCCUUCAGAAGCAGAGACCAAGACCCAAUUACUUCACACCUCUCAGACCUGGACCAGGUGGGAUGCUGUCACCUGGACUAGAACACGAUCCUAUGCUAGGACUAUCACCGCUAAGAGAGAAGCUACAAGGAGGAGAGGGCCAUACAUUAGGGGGAUUCCCCGUCUCAUUCCUUAUAAAUGUGACAAAGCUCUCUAAGAUUCUUGGAUACAAGAAGGAAUUGAUCCAGCAGAUGAAAGAAAUGAACACCGAGGCUGAGAGAAUGAAAUCCCUUGGCCAGUCUUACUCUGAAGACUUCCAGCAGAGGUAUGCUGUCAAUGUCCUGGAGGUAGACCGACUCAAUACAGAUCUCAACAAAUAUCUUAUGGGUGUUCAGAAAUACUGCCAAGAGAUAGCCCCAGAGCAGGGCUUACCCCCUCUCACCCAGCCCUCUGAGGAGAAGAUGAGAUGUGAGCAAGAGGCUACACAGAUGGUCAACGAUGCCAACCUUGUCUUGGGUGACCGGUCCAUCAAGAGUCCACAACUCAAUGACCUUAUAGCUAGUCUUACAUCACUCAUGCUGCAGAUUAAGUCCUUAGCCAAAGGAGACAUGAACUCUGUUGGAUACAGUUCUCUCAACGAGUCCAUUGCUGAUCUAAAGAAGAAGAUACACCCAAGCAAUCACGAGUGCUUCGAGAACAAUGUUGAAGUACACAUUGCUCAUAUACAGAGUGGUAUGAGCCAGAUGGGGAAUCUACACGCUUUCUCAGAGAGACACGUUCCAUACUGAAGCAUUAGACGCGGCAUGAACUUAUUCCAGAGAAGGGACCUUACACCAUCCCAAGCAAGCUUCUUGUCUCACACUUCAGGGGGGUGUUUCACAAAACUUGUCAUCAGUGACAAAUGACAGAUUUUGUUACACGCUACUGAAAUCCUUGCUCCUGAUUGGUUAUCAGCAGAUUUGUCACUGAAUUUUGUCAUGUGUCAUUGAAAAAAGGCUUUGUGAAACGGGUCCCAGGAGUGGUCGAAAUGUCAGAGUCAACCCACGCAAGGAUUGAUGCAGGGAUAAAGUGUUCUCUUUGAAAGCAGCUACCUUUACACUGCAAGCAGAAACCAUCAAUUUUUCUCACAUUCCUGUGUUUCGUCUGUAAUUACAUAGCAACUACAGUCAAACCUGCUUUAGUGACCACCUGUCUACAAAGACCACCUGUCUACAAAGGCCACCUGUCUACAAAGGCCACAUUUGUUGUAUCC